CGGCGGCCGCGGCUUGCACCAGAGUCUCGCUCCGGCCGCGGCCAGCGGAGCCCGAGCUGGGGCAGGAACCGAGUCCAUCUUAGGAGUUCAGAGUAGGAGCUGGCUGUGGACUGGAGAAGUCAGGGGGCCUUUGUGAAAAGCAAUGUCUCAGGCUGUGCAGACAAAUGGUACUCAACCGUUAAGCAAAACAUGGGAACUCAGUUUAUACGAAUUACAGCGAACACCUCAGGAGGCGAUAACGGAUGGCCUGGAAAUUGUGGUUUCGCCUCGAAGUCUACACAGUGAAUUAAUGUGCCCAAUUUGUUUGGAUAUGUUGAAGAACACCAUGACUACAAAGGAGUGUUUACAUCGUUUUUGUGCAGACUGCAUUAUCACAGCCCUCAGAAGUGGCAACAAAGAAUGUCCCACCUGUCGGAAAAAGCUAGUUUCCAAAAGAUCACUGAGGCCAGACCCAAACUUUGAUGCACUCAUCAGCAAAAUUUAUCCAAGUCGUGAUGAAUAUGAAGCUCAUCAAGAAAGAGUAUUAGCCAGGAUCAACAAGCACAAUAAUCAGCAAGCACUCAGUCACAGCAUUGAGGAAGGACUGAAGAUACAGGCUUUGAACAGACUGCAGCGAGGCAAGAAACAACAGAUUGAAAAUGGUAGUGGAGCAGAAGAUAAUGGUGACAGUUCUCACUGUAGUAAUGCAUCUACGCAUAGCAAUCAGGAAGCAGGACCUAGUAACAAACGGACCAAAACAUCUGAUGAUUCUGGGCUUGAGCUUGAUAAUAACAAUGCAACAGUGUCAAUUGAUCCAGUAAUGGAUGGUGCUAGUGAAAUUGAAUUAGUAUUCAGGCCUCAUCCCACACUUAUGGAAAAAGAUGACAGUGCACAGACAAGAUACAUAAAGACUUCAGGCAAUGCCACUGUUGAUCACUUAUCCAAAUAUUUGGCUGUGAGAUUAGCUUUAGAAGAACUUCGGAACAAAGGAGAAUCAAACCAGAUGAACCUUGAUACAGCCAGUGAGAAGCAGUAUACUAUUUACAUAGCAACAGCCAAUGGCCAGUUCACUGUAUUAAAUGGCUCUUUUUCUUUGGAAUUGGUCAGUGAGAAAUAUUGGAAAGUGAACAAACCCAUGGAACUUUAUUAUGCACCCACAAAAGAGCACAAAUAAGCAUUUCCUAAAAACAAUUCUGAGAAUGAACUUUUUUAUAGCCUAUUUCUUUAAUAUUAAAGAUGUACUGUCAUUACUUUUAUGGACAGAAUUUUGGAUAUGUUGUUCAGUUUUCUUUCUGAGCCAGACUCGUUUACACUAUUAGAGUCUUUUCCUUUUAAUUUAAGAUUUUCUUUUUGGAAGUGACUGCAAUUAUUCUGUACUUUUUCUUUCCUUUAAAAAAAACUGAGUUGUGUAUUUUCAGAGUGUGGUUCUAUUUAGAACCUCCUUCUGACCCAGGAAUUUUUCAUAGUUCUUUUUUCUUAAGUGAAAAUUAGUUUGCCAUCCUUCUCCCUGUGCCCUUAAAAAUAAGUUUUUUAGGCCUACAGAAUGUUAAAUAAUAUGUAUUGUGACUUUUUUUCCUCCAGAGUCUUGUAUAUUUAUAGUUUUCUAUAUGAACUAUAGUAUCUAAAUGAAGACCAAGGCUCAAAUUUACUGUGCUUUAAAACAAUUCUCAUAGGAUUAUUAAUUUCAUGGUAUUUUCUUCCAUAAUAUUUCAUUUUAAAAAGAGGUUCUUUCUGAACUUAUAUCCAUUGUCAUGCAGUGUUACUUUUUCCCAUUUUUUCUUGUAAUAAUUUUG